AAAAACUGGAAUGAUCAGUGCUGCAAACACAGUCACUGUAGCGCUGGGUCGGAGUCCUAAAAUAGUGUCUAAAGCAAAGAACUAAAAGGACGGAUACUAAUGCUAUAAGAGUUUCUUUGCUCAAAGUGUACAAUAAAUGAUAGCACUCGUCAUUUGCUAGCACCAACAGGUAGAAAGUGUUUAGAAGCCUUUAUUAAAUACAAUUACGAGGAGUUGGACAUUGUUUUAACUGGCAGUUUGACUAGGUUUUGUCAGUGUUUGGUUUCAAAACGAAUAUGAUGGAUCCUCCUGAAAUGGGUUGAUUUAAAUGAAGCAAUUGUCCCCUAGAGCAAGUAUUGGUCCAGUUCUAGAAUACAGCUCUUUUAAUUUUACCUCUCAAUCUACUUUCAGGAAUAAUACUAGAUGCUGUGUAAGAUGAGACGUGUGUAACCUGUUGGCAGCAUUGACUUAUCUCUUUUUAUUAACCCAUAUGUUGUUAGUUCACUCCUGCUGUUGUACUCAAGAUUAUCAGCUAGGAAUCCAGCCCUCCCUCAGAGGGUACUCUUGGUUUAUACAAAUAUACAGGAGAGAAGAAUCAGGCUCAAUAUCCUCAUCUUAAAAUUAAUUUAAUAUUGAAAACUUUAAAAGCUAGUGAUAAAGUGUCACAAGCAACUGAUAGAACAGACUUGCUGAGGGGCAGGAAUUGAGUUCUAACUGCAUGAUUCUCAAAUGCUUUGAUUCUGAGGGCAUGUCCACACAGCACACUAAGCCUGGGCUCUGACUCGGGUUUGAGCCCAAACCCUAUUUCCGUCCGGAACACAAAUCAGUCUGACCAGGAUCCUAACACCCUAAUAGCGAGGUAGGUCAGAGCCCGAGUCCUGCAGUGACUUGGGGCCAUUUUGCAAUUUUUCAGUGUGGACAAGGUUUAUAAUGAAGAAGCUUGGACAAUCAAGACUAGGCUUGGAAACAGAGUCCACAAGGCCAGGUCUCACAGACUCAGGUUUACAAUGCAGUGUAGAGAUGGCCUUUGAAGGCUCAGCUGGGCAAAUCUCUGCUCUUGGGCUUUUAAUCAUGGAUAUCAAGAAGCUAAGUGAUGUUGAGGCCCAUAUAAAUGCCUUCAAGAGAGGUAGGAAUUUGAAACAGGGUUGACAAUAUCUAUUUAAAAAGCUAUGUGGUUUCUGUGAAGUAGCAUAAGAUGGUCCUUCACUUAUCCUAUACAGUGAUAUUGGAGCUAGCAUUUUAAUGCAUAGGAUGUUUACCCAUCAUGAUUUUAUUAGCAUUGGUGAGUUUUAGUGCAAGCAGGUUUUGAAGUGGAGUAAAAAUUCCACCCCUCUAAUCGAAGAAAUCCAUGUGUGUGGGGGUAGUGACAGCAGGGAAGUCACCACGAUACUUAAUGAAGUGUGAAUGCCAUCCUUCCUGAAGUUGAAAAUAACAUCUGGAUGCAGGCAUUGCUUGAAUCCAACUGCACAGGACAUAAGUAAACACAAACGUUUCUAUGAAUUAUGUGCUCAUUAUUUCAGCAAUUUGAGGAAAGAUUAUGCCAUUGCCUUUUCAGAUUCUGGCUUCCUGUGUGCUUAGGCUUUUGCAGUUUUCAUCAUGUCUUUAGAGUAAAUUUGAUAGGCACAGGAUGUUGCAAUAAAUCGGAUAUUGAACCAACAAUCAAUUAAAAAAAAAAAAGAACUUAGUUUCUAAGAAAGAUGCAUCACAUCUUCCCACAGGAAUCGUACCAUAUGUCCUAAUAUCAGUGGAACAAUAGAUUCAAUUAUUGGCUUCUGAUGGUGCCUUGCAGACAUAAUGGCAAAAUAGAAUUUUUGCUAUGUUCUUAGCAAAAAUUGUAUCACUGGCACAUUAAAACUGUUCUUCCCCCCCCCCCACCGCACCCCCUGAAAAAGUCAUUUUUUUCAUGGCUACUCCUUUAGUGUAUUUAUGGUGUAUGAGUCACCAGGCUUUCUUCUGAUUGGAUGAAAAUUAAACACCCCUGGGACUGUCAGUCAGUUAUAGCCAUUCUCAGCUUCAUUCACAGAUUUAUUAGCUUGCACACAGAAAAAUGCAUUCAGAAAACUUCAUUCACAAAAACGGCAACACUCUCUUCAGAAUUUUGAACAGAAAAAUUCUGCUCUAACCUGGCUUUUAAGGAAAAGCUAGAAAUGACUCAAGGGCUGACAAAGAAGCUGCACAAAGAUGAUGAUGAUGAGUCUGGAGAUUUGAAGUAAAAUUGUGCUGGACCAUACAAAUAUUGAGCGUAUUUCUAGAUUGCGAUGCUGAAUGACUUUAAAAACAAGAAUUAGCAAGAUUUGUAUUAAGAACUGCUGACUACAUUCAGAGAAUUAUUUUGCAUGUUUUUUAAAAUCAUAUUGUGUGAAUAAAGAAUGUGCAAAUUGCAGAACCAUGAUUUUUCUUUCCAGUUGCGCAGCUGAAUACAAAAUGCUAAGAACAGGGCUUGUCAGGUAUCUCUUUGGGUUCUUGCUAAUCUGAAAUUGCUUUUGAGAUUCUCUCUAUCUUGUAUUGCUUUCUGUGGAAUAUUAUUUUAGUCUUUUCUGCAGCCGAGGGUUCACAGUUAAUGAUGCAGGCUAUAACAGUGAGUGUUCAAAGCUGAGAAUGAUAUAGUGGCUUGCUUGCUUGUGGCAGAAGUGAUUUUAGAUAUGGAUAGCAUCUCUUCAGAUUAACCUGCUGUAGCAUUGUUAUACCUGUGUGUACGUUUCCUUUAGCAUAAUUUACAGAUGACCAUGCAGACUUAAGCUAUGUUUAUUAAGAAAAAUAAGACACGUGUGAAGCAGUCAACAAAAAAUAUCCAUUUGGUGUCUGUUUUUAAAAUAGUUUGAAUUGCUUAAUUUCCAUGUCAUUUAUCGACAAGAAGAAAGCCAAUUUAUGCAACAGUAUCCAGUUACAGAACUUCCAAGGCUAUGAGAGAACGCAGUCAGCACAGUCUCAGUGGACACAUACUGUAUGUAGGCCGAUUUAGACACCCAGGAAUGCUUCACAGGGCUAAAUACAGUCGCUUUAGGGAUGAUUUUAUAACAUCAUUAGAGGAAGGUACACAAAGUAGUUCUUUAAAUAUCAAAGGCUCCUCUUCAUCUUCUCGUUCCUCAACACCUCAUUUACCAAUUGAGGAUGUCACCUUGGGGACACAGGACAGCUCCACCACUUUGUGCACUUUGAUCCCCCGAAUGGCUAAUAUUAAAUUAUCCAAUCCGUCUAAUCUGCCUGGUUUUAAAAACUUCUGUCUGGGGACAAAAGAGGUGCCAAGAAUUAAACUCACAGAGUGUGUUACUGUUCCAAGCAGCCCAACCUCACCAGAAAUCAGUUUAAUCAGCUGCCUGCCUACUUCUUAUCCACGGCAGGACCCGGACAAACUCGAUGUAAAUACAAAAUCUCAAGAUGACUGCAUCUUGCUGGGCUUUGAGUCUGCCCCUCUAAGCAAACAGGACAAACCGGUGCAGAGCGGAGGGGACAUUGUGAAGACUGGCAUGACCUACUGUGUACGAUACAUGGGCUGUAUAGAAGUGUUGCAGUCAAUGAGGUCUCUGGACUUUGGCACCAGGACACAAGUCACCAGGGAAGCAAUAAGCCGACUGUGCGAAGCUGUACCAGGAACAAAUGGAGCUAUUAAAAAACGGAAGCCUCCAGUUAAAUUUCUGUCUUCUGUGCUUGGCAAAAGUAACCUUCAGUUUUCUGGCAUGAAUAUAAAACUGAUCAUCUCCAUGAGCAGCCUUGCUUUGAUGAAUGUUGAUACCCAGCAGAUUAUUGCUAACCACCACAUGCAGUCCAUCUCAUUUGCCUCUGGAGGUGAUCCAGAUACAACAGACUAUGUUGCAUAUGUAGCUAAAGAUCCUGUUAAUCAGCGAGCAUGCCAUAUAUUGGAAUGUCCCAACGGAAUGGCUCAGGAUGUAAUAAAUACCAUAGGGCAGGCUUUUGAGCUCCGAUUCAAGCAAUACUUGAAGAAUCCUUCUACUCCGAUUACUUCCAAUGAAAGUGAAGUGAUGAAUCUUGAUGGAUCAGCUUGGAAUAUACAGGAGAGGGAGGAUCAUGAAUAUUACAAUGAAAUUCCAGGAAAAGAACCUCCUACAGGUGGACUAUUAGACACGCGAAUGAAAGUGCAAACAGACCAAAGGGCAAACUGUCCCAUACAAUGUGAAAAGCAAUACUGUUUGGCUGGCAGCCCAAAAUGCAUCAACGUAUAUGAAAACUGUCCAGAAGAAAACAAAUCAGUGGGUAACUACGGUGAAAGAUCACAGACUGCAAAAAAAGAUGUAUCCUUACUGAAACCUGCUUGCAAAAUGGAUCUUUUUGAUGACCCUAGUUACAUCAACACUCGGACCCUGAAAACUACAGCCUACACAGCUAGAGGUCUUGCAUCAGCCCAGAUCUAUGGGAACCCGUUGUGUCAUGAGAAAUUGCCAGAAGCUGUUCAGCAGCGUGCCACGACCAACAUGGAUAGUGUAUGUGUUCUGCCACAAAUAAAGCAACAGUUACGGAAUGAAGAUUGUUACCAUGGCAAAUUAAAUAGGAAAGCAGCAGAGACCCUCUUGGUCAACGAUGGGGAUUUUUUGGUGCGAGAGAGUGCAACAUCACCUGGUCAAUAUGUAUUGAGUGGAUUGCAAGGAGGGCAAGCAAAGCAUUUACUAUUGGUGGAUCCUGAAGGCAAGGUGAGAACCAAAGACCACGUGUUUGAUAGUGUGGGUCAUCUUAUUCGCUACCACAUGGAAAAUAAUCUGCCAAUCAUCUCUUCUGGAAGUGAAGUGAGCUUGAAACAGCCAGUGAGAAAACAGAGUAACACAGGACACAUGCAAUACAACAAAUAACACUGUUGGAUCUCAAAAUUCCCACGGCAAUUCAUUUGUGAAAAUUGCAUUGACUAUUCUUAAACUUCAUUACUACAAAGCCAACUCAAAAAGUAUAAACUGCACUUUUCAGCUGCUAUUAUGGAAGACUUCUUUUCAUGUGUAUGUAUGAAUAUAUAUAUAGCUAUGUAGAUCUAUAGAGAUCAACAUGCACAGCUAUAUAUAUAGAUCUACAUAGUUAUACAUAUAUUCAUACAUACAUGGAUCUCUCAC